ACGCGAAAAAAAUGUUAUAAAGAACGGUACUAUGCUACCUUAUAAAUACCUGAGAUUACAUACAGAAAAAUGGAAGCAAUGUCAAAGAUUUCUCUGAUAUUGUCUGUUUUGUGGUUGCUCAGCAGUGCUGUCGUCGUUAGUGGCGGGAGUAGCAGGCGGAGCUGCCUGGCAACCUUUAGUAAUGAAUCUCUUCCACAGCAAAAUCGGCUUGAGAUCAGGCCGAGGACGAGAACUUGGCAAGAGCAUGAGUUCUCGCUGUUGGGAUACAAGUUCCACCUACCCUUCGUAGGGCACACAGUGGAUGCAGAUCAAAAUGACAGUGACAGUGAUGAAGAUCUGUGGUUUGACGAUCUGUACGUCGGAACUGGAUUGGACAGCGUGGAAGUAGAAGAGCACGAGCUUUGGUCUGAUACCAAUGUGGAUCUGUCGAACAAAGUUUUGAAGUUAAGCUGCGACCAUGUAAACCUGAGAAUGGUAAACAAGGAGCUUCUUUCUCAACGGAGUGUACAUAUUAACUACCAAAAACUUCUCCUGGAUCAUGUUUCUGCGGACUCUGGUGAUACGCUUCAGUUGCCACAAUAUGAGAGCGUUCGGGAGUUUUCGUGGGUGGAAAGUGCCCUUAAAGAUGAACCACUAGGAAAAUUACUUUCUCUUCAGCCGCACUGCUUCGAAAAUAUGCAGAAGUUGGACCUAUCCGAAAAUCACUUGGAAUGUCUUCACUGGGCCAUUCCCCAAGCAAUGCGGCGUCUAAAAGUACUUAAGAUAAGCGGCAACCGGUUGGCAAAUUGCAAUUUGAUUAAUUUGCAAAAUAUGAACCAUUUGGAGGAGCUGCACCUAGACAGGAAUGGUCUGAAAGCGUUGCCCCAACGCUUCCUAGGCGGGUUGAGCGAGUUGCGUCUAUUAAACAUUAGUCAGAAUCUGCUGUCCGAGCUACCGCGAGACAUUUUCGGUGGAGCUCUGAAGUUAGAGCGUCUUCUGAUAUCCGGAAAUCGUUUAACCGUGCUACCCUUUCAGCUGUUCCAAACGGCCGGCGACCUACAGGUUCUAGAUCUUAGCGAUAACCGCCUGUUGUCCUUUCCGGACAACUUUUUCGCUCGCAACGGCCACCUUCGGCAGUUGCAUUUACACCGAAACCAGUUGAAGUCACUCGGCAAGCAGAGUCUGUACAACUUGCGUGAGCUGCGGCACCUGGAUCUUAGCCAAAACUCGAUGGCUAGCAUCGAUCGGAAGGCUUUUGAGUCACUAGGCCAAUUGCUCGCUUUAAAUAUUUCCGGCAACAACCUGACCAUGCUCUCCUCGACAAUUUUCCAGCCACUUCGAUCCCUAAAGCAGCUGGAUCUCAGCAAAAACAACUUUAGGCAACUGCCCAGUGGGCUGUUUCAAAUGCAGCGCUCGCUGAUAAUUUUGCGCAUCGAUGACACGCCUAUCGAGCAAUUCUCCAACUGGAUAUCACGGAACGACGAGUCAAUGGUGGAUCCACAGGUGCUACACCGCCUAAAGUAUCUAUCAGUGCAGGAAAAUCGGCAUUUAACUACCCUACCAGCCACAUUGUUCGCAAAUACACCUAAUCUCAAGGAGCUAUGGCUGGCCAACAAUGGCUUAUUGCAGCUUCCAUUGCAGAUCUCAGGACUUUCGAAGCUGCAGCGUCUGAGUGUCCGAGGAAAUCGACUCGGAUCACUGCCGGAAGGACUCAAGGAUUUGCGACAGCUGCAUUACGUCAAUAUUCUGGGCAAUGAGUACCAAUGCGACUGCAAAAUGUAUUGGCUUACCGCUUGGUUGUCAAACACCAAUAGCACCCUGAGGCGUUUCUCUUCAAUCAUAAAUGCCAAGAGCCCCAAUUCCAGCCAAACCUCACUGGACUCAUACGAAAGCAUUGACGAUCAAAUAGAUGCCCUUAGUUGUCAGUACGGCUACCCGGGCGAUAUGUUACAGGUUCUAAGCAAUCUCAAUUGUUCUGUACCAACGGUGGUGCAGUUCUCCGAGCCCAAGAUGCACAAACUGCUCUCCACCGCCAAACUGGAGUGCCAGAUAUCAGGCAGCCCUGUGCCAGACAUUAUUUGGGUAACGCCACGAAACAAAAUUUUGCGGCACCAUGCAGAUCCAGAUAAACGCCCCAUUAUUAUUGACAGCAAGGAGGACCAUCAGCCGCCAAGUGCUCAAGAACUGGCCGCCCUAAUGGACGAGAGUUAUAUACAGUCGCUGAACUUGACACGUCAGCAGAAUGUUGUGGGUCAGCGUGUGGUUUUGGUGGAAAAUGGAUCGCUGUUGGUGCACAACAUAUCUAGAAUUGACAGUGGACUGUACACAUGCUAUGCUUUCAAUGUGAUGGGCAAAGCCUCGGCCGGUUUGCGACUAUAUAUAGACCCCAUUGUGUUUUACCGGGUGAAGAUCGGCAGUAUUCUUUUUGGCACGGCACUAGCUACUGCGUUUCUCUUGCUGACGCUCAUUGUGCAGGGAUUAAGGCGUUGUCUGUCACAUUGGGGAAUCUGCGAUAAAUUUUAUUGCUGUGCCAAUAGGAACAAAAAAUCGCCUAGGGCGAGGCAAAUUUAUGCAAUGCUUGACAGCAUAGAGAGUUACAAGAGCCAACAGCUAGAACGAUUACGAGAAAACUAUGCCCAGCAGGUGCAUCGCAUUCGUGAGAACUGUGCCCAGCAAGUCGAGUGGAUUCAGAGCAGUUAUACUACCCAAGCUAAACAUGUCCGUGAGUUCCGCGACAUGGGCUCCAAUCACUUGACCGCACUCAAAGAUCAGUACUACGAUCAAGUGAAAAAGGUACGGGAUUACUCUACCGGCCAGCUGAGCUGGGUGCGCGAGAACUACGUCUUCCAGCGCAAUAAGAUAAGGAAAUUCAGUGCCCAUCAGGUGUUGCGUCUACGCGAGGGAUAUAAAUAUCAACAGCAGACGCUUAACAAGGUGCUGGAAAACUUGCCAAGCUUUUACUUUGAAAACUGUCGAGGACGGUGCGAAGAGGAUAUCGUCGAAGAUAUAGACUGCUACUUUAAAGGCCAAAUGGACUUUGCUGGAUCCAAGGAGCUUAACAUACAAAAAAUAAAAGCUCGUUUAUCUGCCAAUUACUCGGCCAGCAAAGCAUCUAUCUACUAUACUCCGCCAGACGAAGAUUUGCUCCGCUGCUCGAACCUCAACCUACAGACCUCACCCAUACACAUCAACUACAUAGAUGAGAAUCUUGACCAGCAGAAGCAGCUGGAGCACGACUUUAAGAUGGAUCCGCAUCUGCUUCUGUAUAACACUCCCCAGCUAUAUCUGAACCCAGAGGGAGCGUGCAGCAGUGGUCAGGCGGCGGCCAUGGCCGCGGUCCUAGCGUUGACACAAGGUGUCAGCAUUGAGGACAACAACCAGGAGCAGGAAAUGCAGCCCCUGAAUGAUAUUGCUAGUCGAUUGGAACUGCCAGAACUGAAGGACUCGAACGAUGUAAAGAGCUCUAAAUCGUGUCCUGCCAUUUACAAGGUGUCUAAAAGGAAAGAUGGCAGCACUUUGCAUGAGUUGCAGCGCGAAGGCGAGGAACCAUACCAAAUGUUGCGCCUUAAUCCUGUGGAGACAACAACCGUGUUGGAAAUGCAUAAGGAACGGUCAGAAAAAUUGAAUAUAGUUGUAGAUGAUGGAUCAACGAAUGAAACACCCCCAUCUGCUUCCAGGUGCGACUCCAACAGCUUAGCUGACAGUUGCAGCAGUAUCUGUCGGAUUAACGAAAUGUCGAACGGUUCAUCUUUCUUUUCCUUUACCUUCCCCCCUUCUAUCACUGAAAAAACAUAGUUUUUUUUUAUUUAAAAUAGUAGAGUAUAUAAAUUGUAAAAAUCUAAGCAAAUCAAACGCAACUGGAAAUUUAAUUAAAACUGAUGAUUAUGAUGAUAAUGGUAAGGAAUCAAAAA